UCGCUAGGGCGGGUCCCUGCCCUGGGAGGCGGAGCCCGGCCGAGUGCGCCCUUCCUCUUCCUGGGUUGGUGUCGCAGGUGGAGGGGCGCGGGAGCGGGCCAGGACCGGGGUCACAAUGAAUAACCCUAUACCUUCCAAUUUGAAAUCAGAAGCAAAAAAGGCUGCUAAAAUUCUAAGAGAAUUCACAGAAAUAACUUCCAGAAAUGGACCUGAUAAGAUCAUUCCUGCUCACGUGAUUGCUAAAGCGAAGGGCCUCGCAGUUCUGUCUGUGAUAAAAGCUGGAUUUCUGGUAACUGCUAGAGGAGGCAGUGGGGUUGUAUUGGCACGUCUUCCAGAUGGAAAAUGGUCUGCGCCUUCAGCCAUUGGUAUAGCCGGGCUUGGUGGAGGGCUUGAGAUAGGAAUCGAGGUAUCAGAUUUGGUAAUUAUUCUGAAUUAUGACAGAGCAGUAGAAGCUUUUGCAAAAGGUGGUAACCUAACACUUGGAGGGAAUUUUACUGUGGCAGUCGGGCCCUUGGGAAGGAAUUUGGAAGGGAAUGUCGCCUUAAGAAGCUCUGCCGCUGUCUUUACUUACUGCAAAUCCAGAGGACUCUUUGCUGGCAUAAGUUUAGAAGGUAGCUGUUUGAUUGAAAGGAAAGAAACUAAUCGAAAAUUUUAUUGUCAAGAUAUUCGAGCUUAUGACAUUUUAUUUGGAGAUAUACCACGGCCUGCUCAAGCAGAAGAUCUUUAUGAAAUUCUUGAUUCCUUUACUGAAAAGUAUGAAAAUGAAGGCCAACGGAACAACGUGAGAAGAGCGGCGAGGGAGCAGAGGAAGGCUUCGGCUAAAGAACUGCCUCCCAAACCACUGUCAAGGCCCCAGCAGUCAUCUGCACAAGUCCGUCUGAACACCAGCUCACAAAGUAACAGAAACGAAUGCAGGCUCUACCCUGAACUUUCCGGCUAUCACGAGAGAGUUGGCGACUUGAAACAACCCAUUGAAGUGACGGCACUGUAUUCUUUUGAAGGACAACAGCCUGGGGAUUUGAGUUUUCAAACUGGAGACAGAAUCACAGUGAUAUCAAAGACAGAUUCUCAUUUUGACUGGUGGGAAGGAAAGCUUCGAGGUCAAACGGGUAUUUUCCCGGCCAACUAUGUUACCAUGAAUUAAAAUUUGUAUUAUUUUCUGCUUUGAAAAUUAAAAAAAAAA